AUGCAGCUCACCUCACUGACUGCCACCAGCUCCUUGGUGCACGUUGCCCUCUUUGAAACCGCCGAUGCCUGUAACGGCUACUUGUUUUGCCACUGCAAUAAUGACGAUGACAAGCCCAACGGAGAAGCCAAGAACACAGCAUGUGCCCGCUACGCAAUUGGACAGUCUGACUUGGUUCCUGUAGGCGAUGCGUCUGACAGAGCCCAGGAGCGCCACUACACCGGGACGGAUGGUUUAUACUACGGCAAAGCAUGA